CUAUCUUAGCCUGUACAGUCAGAGGAGAACCCAAAAUGAGAAAGCACAAGACACAAGCACAAGUAUAUUAAGGAGGAAAGAGAAAGUUGAGUGACAGAUGCAAAACCUCUGGUUUGGAAAGUAAAGCAUUUAAGAAGCAUUGUUAAGUAUUUUAUGGUGUUGGAAGUCUACUGAAGAAGAAGAGGAUAAGGUGUUUAAGAAGGACUGUGAAGUAUUUCUGCUACUGUCCUGGAAGUCCACUGAAGAGAAUAACACAGAAAGGAGGCCUUUGACAUUGAGGAUCUUGCCUGUAUUGUGUUUUUUUGUCCACAUUUCUCCUGCACCUCCUCCUAAGCUCUGAGCAGCGGGGGAGGCCAAAGCGUAGUUAUAGCAGUAAUGAAGUACAGCUACCAGAACCUUGUGUCUCAGUACACACGUCAGAGCACAUAUACCCCAACACACUACACCUCUACCCACUACACUCCGAAGCAGUAUUCCACGAGCUCCUAUUCCACAAGCCACUACAGCUCAGCAAAGUACACGCCAACCUACUACAGUCCACCUGCUUACACCCCGGCUUACAAGAGCACUUCCUCCUCCUACAAGUCUGGCUACAGCAAGCCCUCGCGACAAGUCAGCAAACAUGGUACACCUGUACAGCAGACUCCCGCUGCAACAGGCAAGCCUAAUCGGACUGUCCGCUUCACCAAUGAUGUCAUCUUCCAGGACUAUGUCCGGCAAGGAGAUCUGGAAAUGAUUGGCCGCUUUAUGAGAGCGAGGAAAGUGCGAGUGGAUACGAUCUUCCAUUCUGGCAUGGCAGCUCUCCAUGAGGCUGUACUCUCAGGGAACUUGGAGUGUGUGAAGCUUCUGAUAAAAUAUGGAGCUGAUGUUCAUCAAAGAGAUGAGGAUGGCUGGACACCUCUGCACAUGGCCUGCAGCGAUGGCUACCCCGAGAUUGCACGGUAUCUGCUUUCACUAGGUGCUAGUACAGAAGCUGAGAAUGCAAAUGGGGAGAAGCCAGCAGAUCUUAUUGACUCUGACUGCAAAGAGCUGGUCAAACUGUUUGAAGUGGGUUGUGUCUAAGGGCCAGCAUAAGGAACCCAAAAGAACUGCAAGAAAACAGUUCCUCUGGAUUCAAGUCUGUCUAAGAGGAUGGAGCUAUCAAAGUAGCUUCUGGUUAUUAUAUUUUUAUUAAGAGAACAGAGAUUGGAACAAGGACAUUCAGAUAUUUUCUUUUUUUUUUUUUUUGCAAGGCAAUAUAGGAAUAUACUGUAAGUGUUUGCUGCUUUCCUUUGUAUAUACAGUAUACUUCUUUGUACUGCCAUAUAUCUGUACUUCAAAACCUUGGUCCUACUAAUCCCCCUUCCCCACCAUGCAGUUGCUGCACACAUACUAUCGCCUCGGAAUGCCUGAAUACAGUGCGACCUUCACUGGAGCUCGGAUUACAUCGCACCCUGACGCCCAACUCAGCCGUAUCAUUUCAUUACUGCGAGUACGUCAUCCAGUGCCUGCCUUAAAUUUAGAUCAGGACAACGCUCAUAUACAGUCACACAAGGAAUUGCUGUUCACAGAUCUGUGCAUAAUGUCUAAAAUGUAGCUAAACUCACAAUUCUGUCAGUGCUAUAAGUGCUUAACCUGGCUUAACACUAGGUAUACUGUAUGUACUGGCAUGUGUUUGACCUGUACACUGUUUAGGACAGCAGAGUAUCUCUUGUCUGCAGGGCAGCUUGAGACAACACUGAAAACAUGUACGUUUUAAUGAUGGAAUUUGUAUAUGAGCAAAAUACUAUCCUUUCUGUACUGCUAAAAGUGAGUGCACUAUUUCUACAGACUUGUAGAAUUUCUCAUGUAAAGUCUUAUGUUUUUCUCUUUUUUACUGUUUUCAUAAAUAAAGGUGCUUUUUAACGCUUA